AAGGUUCGUCGGCGACUCGUGGUUUGGGAAUCUGCGAUUUACAGCUUUACUGAAAAGUUCGCAGAGGGAGCAGGGUACUGGUACAGAUAUUACGGAGUAUUCCUGAAAUUGGUAAUAAGUACCGCAGACAUAAAAUACUGCAAGUUGUAGUGGAGCAUACAGAAGUUUUGUUCAAAUACGUGCUAAAAUUGCAUGUCUGUUUGAAAGCUUAAAUUUCGCUGCACGCGUGUCGGCGUCUGAGCGUGCUGUGCUAUCAAACAAAGCUUGGCGCCAUUUUGUUGAGUGCCGAUUUGAUCAGGUUUAUAUUGGAAGACCACAUCAACCUGACAAGAAAGGGAUCUACAUUUGGAAUCUCUAUUGAUGGGAAACUCGGGGAAUUGGAUUUAUUCUGGGAUCUUCUUAUUUUAGCUGAUUUUGUCUAGCAAUACAAAGAUUGAGACACCAGUUGCGAAGAAAUGGACAAAUCGAAAAAAUCUGCGGCUUCUGCUGCAGCAGUUCCAGGAAAAAAGAAAGUAAUACGUCGGGUGGUAAAGAAUGCAAAAACCGGCGAAAUUAUCAAAACAGAAAUUGUUCGAAUCGACAGUUCAGGAGAACAGACAGUAACAUCAUAUCCAGCUGGAACACCUAUACCGAGCUUGAGCAGUCUACAGUCGCAAGGAUCUGGCCAGGCAAAGAAAUCGUCUAGUAGGAAGCCUUCUAGUGAAAUGAAGUCUGGAUCUCCUUCAAGAAGGACAAGUCGUGAAGAGAAUAUUGCACCUGAAGAUUCAAAGGCAUCCCAACAGACAUCACCACCUGAACAGAAAAAACAUUCCAAAGCUUAUGAAGACAUAAAUAGCAGAGAUAGAGGAGAUAUAGGACCAAGUGUUCCAGCCAAUGUUCCCGGUCUUGAAGAUUUGAUAAAGAAGGAAGAAGAAUUAAGAAGACUGAAUGAAUCAGCAUUAGAUAAACAUGAAAAACCAAAGGACGGUGAAGAGAGCCUUGAAACUGCUUUAAUUACUAUGAUGAAGCGCAAGAGGCAGCAAAGAAAUCCAAACAAAGCAAAGCGAGGAUUGGUUGCGAGUACGAAGCCAAGAAGACACAGUGACGAUGAGAUUGAUAAAGCGUUAGAUGAUGCGUACGAUGGUGACACAGAUUAUCGAGGCAUGCCUGGGUCCAAACGUGAUGAGGAAGAUGAAGAAGCAGAAAGAAAACGUAAAGAAAGACACAGACGUAGAAGGGAGAAGAAACAUAGAGAGAGAGCACAGGCGCCUGACCAUGCAGAUGUUGAAGAGUACCAAGGAGAAACAGGACCAUUGGAUAUGCCUGAUAUUGAAUCAUUUCGUAAACGAAACGAUGAUGAAACGCCUAUGGAGGUCGCUGAAGGUGACACUCAACCACUGCAAGAGGGUGAUGAGGAGCAACAAAUUUCUAAGCAAUUGGAAGAAACUUCUAUAAAGCAAGACGAUGACGACACUCAGCCCAAUGAUGAUAAAAACAAGAGCGAAGACAGUGGUUCUGAUGAUGAUAAAAGAAAGAAGAAGAAGAAACACAAGCAUAAAAAGAAGAAAAAGAAAACUAAAAAGACAAAGGAUGAUAAGAAAAGUGAGAGUGAGAAAGAGGGAGAUAAAGAAGAAAGAAAAAGAAAAUCGAGGAGCAGAUCUCGAAGCUUGUCGUCACUUUCUUUAUCAUCAAUCUCUUCAGCAUUUAGUGAUAGUUUUGAUUUUGCUGGGAUGGAUUAUGAUCCUUCAGAAGAAGGUGGUUUCGAUAUGGCAAUGAUGGAAUAUCAACAAAUCAGAGCUCAACAAAUGGGAUUUAUGGCACCUGGCCCUUUCUUUUUUAGAGGAAGAGGGGGUCGGGGUUUCCCCCGCAGUAGGGGAUUUCCUCCAGGAGCAUGGAGAGGACGUGGAGCGCCACCACCUGGAUUUUUCCCAUUCUUUCCUGGUGACCCCAACUUUGUUCAAUUCCCUGGUAUGCCUGGGGAAAAAGGUGGGGAUUCAACUCGUGGUCGGGGUCAGCCUGUAAACCUGGGUCCUUGGAAAGGCAGGGGGCUUCGGGGUAGAGGUAUUCCCCCUGGAUUUCACCGAAACUACACAGAAGAUGAUAAAGGCGAUGCGGUGUAUGUUGAAGAGAGCGGUAGUUCAUCGAGUUCUGAUGGUGGCAAGAAAAAAAAGAAGAAGAAACAUAGAAAGAGGAGUUAUUCUUCGAGGUCAUACUCGUCCAGUGGUUCUUCUCGGUCGCGCUCAAGAUCAAGACGUCGUCACAGGAGGCGCCAUAGAUCUAGUUCGUACUCUACUCGUUCUUCCAGAUCGUAUUCUCGAUCAUCAUACUCAUCCAGGUCAAGAUCUCGCUCGUAUUCUCGGUCAUAUUCGUCUUAUUCAAGAAGUUCAUCCAGGUCAAGAUCUAGAAGUUCAAGAAGAUCAAAAUCUGGUUCACGCAGAAGGGAAGGUUCGACACAGCCAUGGGGAUAUGACGAUGGAAGGGCAAGUCCGUCCUACAGAGCUUACGACGAAGAUGGUUUUAAACCUCCAGUUCGUGAUAAGCAUUCUGAUGAUGAAGAAGUGCCGUGGUGGGCGGAGUUCGAUAAAACUUAUGAAGUCGAAAAAAAGAAAUUAGAAGAAGAAAAAAGACAAUUGGAGGAAGAAGAGAAAGCUUUUGAGAAGGGAUCAACUAGUGCUGAACCAGAGCCGCCAUCCAUCGUGUCGACAGAUGAAAUCGACGUCGUUCGUUGUUUGAUGAAUCUUGUUGAUAAAGCAAGAUCACAACAAGAUGAAUGUCUGGAAACAGCAAGAGAAUGUCUAAAUGAUAUUGUAGUCAAGGUAUCUACAGCACCAGUCCAAGCAACACAACUACAUGAAGAAAUUGAAGAUCCGUUUGACAAAGUUAUACAAGACUGUGUUGAUUCCAUUCUGGAUAAAAUUACUCCUAACGAUCCACAAACUGCUUCAAGACUUUGUCUGAAGGAAAUCAUUGAUACAGUGGUUGAACAAGAGGAAGAAGAUAAAGCAAAUGAGGAAGCGAACGAAAUGGAGAAAGAAAUCACAGAGAGUGAACAGUCAAGAUUAUUCCAAUGCUACCUUCGAGCUCAGAAACUCACUGAACAAAUCAAGGCUGAACGUAGAGCCAAAGGUCUCGUUGAUGAGAUGGGAGAAGAUAAAACUCAGAACGAUGAUAAGCAGAAGACUGAUGAUCGAAAGAGGGAUAGAAGGGGUCAUAGGUCACGGCAUAGAAGGAGAAGUCGAAGCAGGAGUCGCGAUAGGGGUAGACGCCGGAGAAGACGUAGUUCAAGUGGCAGCCGAAGCAGGUCUUCUUCACGUUCAAGCGAUCGUGCAAUUCCUCUUGUGUCGAAAGAAAGUUUGAAACAAGCCCAGGCUGUGCUUAUGAUGCAACAACAGCAGUUACAAGUUGCUGGAUUGCUCGGAACGGGAAUGCCCAAUCUGGCAGGUUUAACACAGGCAGCAGCGUUGGCAGCAGGUAUUACACCUGCAUUGCUUGCUCAAACUGCUGCAAAAAAUAAAAACUUGAACAUAACUGUACCUGAUGAUGGAAACGAAAUCAAAGAUGAAUCCAAGUUCACGAAAUGGGAUAAAGAUAAGGAUGCAAUGUCAAAAACCAAAAGUAAAGAUGAUCUGACUCGAAAACUGAUGCAAAGAAUGAGAGAGAAAAAAUUAAAACAAGAAGAUGGAGACAUGUCACCUACGUUUCAAGCAAGAAACAAAGACAAGAAUGCUGAUGUGACGGCAGAUAAAGUAUUCGUGGGACCUGGAAGUUUGAAGAGUCGAAAAAUUGCUAUUUCAUCAACUUUUGGUAAAUUAUGGAGUAAAGUGGAAGGUUCUCCGAAGCAAGACGAAGACGGUCAAGAUGGUGGCAGGGUUGGAUAUAACAAAAGUGACAUCGUAGCUGCUUCUGCUGAUAUAAGAGAUCAAUUGCAGAAUGCUGAACAACUCAAAGCCGAAGAGCAAGAGAAGAAACUUGCGGCAUGGUCAGACCAACAAGCCAGGUUGAAAGAAGAAGCAAAAAGAGAAAUGAGAGAACAAAUUGAAAGAGCUGAACGUGCAAAAAAAGAAAAAAUGAAGGAAGAAAUUUUGGAACAGGAAAGGCAAAAUGAGAUUAUGAGAAUAAGAGAAGAGGUUCGUAAUCAGAUCCGCAAAGAAAUACAAGAAGAAAUUGAGAAACAACGGAAAACCGUUUUAGAGGAUCCAACAGUACGAGAAAAACUGCUCGAGCUUGAAGCAUUACGAAGCCAAUCAGGAUUAAUCGCAAACGAAGGAGUCGCGGCUGCAACAUCUAGCGUCGCAGCAGGUGAUAUUUCAUCUUCGGUCACCCCCACCAUGGCAACGGGCCACAUGGGGGCGCAACAACAACAAAUGACUCAUCCAGGAAUGCAGCAAAUGAGAGAUCAACGAUGGUAUCAACAACAAGUAAAAAACAAACAGGACAUGCAGAAAUGGAUGGAAAGCCACGGAUACUUUGAAACAGAAAUGGAUGAAUCGACCAUGAAACGAAUGCAGAUGACAUACAUGCAAAACUGGAAUCCUGCACAGAAGUCUGGUUAUAUGCAGUGGUAUUGGCAGAACAAACAACAAGUACCUGCGUCCAUGUAUUACCAACAGCAGACACCUCAUUCUAUGAUGCAAAGACAGGUUUCUGCUUCUCAGGUAGGUGCAUCAAGUAGCAUUCCACCACUAAUGGGUUCAGAAUAUCAAGGACGAGAUUCAACUUUCACUCAUGCUCCUUCACAACAGUCUGCACUUCAGGAAGCACCAAUGCAGGACUCAACCAUGCUCACAGAAUCAUUCCGACAAGGUGUGAUGGCUCCUAGAGCAGGAGGUCAGGGCAUACCACCCCAUGGUAGGCUUCCACACGGACAGGGGAUGCAGCAACCGGACCCAACUAUGCCAUUCAGAGGUGGUCCAGGUGGCCCGCGACCUACCAGACCUCAGCCAGGUCUCAUGAAAGGUGGACCGAUACCUUCACUCAUGGAUAGACAUAUCCGACCAACCCGAGAAUAUGGUCAGCCACCGCCAAGUCAACCCAACCAGCAAUUUCGAGAUGUUGAACACCAGACAUAUGAUUAUAAUCAUGAAAGAAGACCUGGACCGACACCUCAAGAUAGAUUCCAUUGGCAAAGAGACCAACCACAGCCAUCACAACCGGAUCAGCAACAGCCAGCGGGAGUUGGUUUGCAACAACAACAACAAAAUGAACAACAACAGCAAAUUCAGUCUGUACUACAAUCUCACCAUCCAAAACAGCAGCAACUAUUGCAAGGACCUCCUGGUCAAGGAAGACAGAUUCCUUCAACAAAUCAACCUCUGCAUCAAUAUCCUCCUCCUGGUAUGGAAGAACAACCAAAAGAUGGUUUCAAUCAGCAAAGACAAGUUCAGGAACAGCCUCCCCCUCCAGGAGAGGUUGUAGACAUGGCUGCCCAACCUCAAAUCAUGCGUCCACCAUCAGCUGUUGAUGAUCUAGCACCACCUGGUGAGGAAGGACAUGUUGUAACCGUUCCUCCCAGUACUAAUACUGCACAACAGGAAGAUGACAGCCCUAGUAAGUUAAGAAAGAAAAAGAAGCAGAAAAAACAUAGGAAACAUAAGAAGAAAAAAUAUUCAAGUUCAGAAGAUGAAGCCGAUGAUAAAACACUAGAUCCUGAAGCAGAGAAAGCAGCUAUAUUGGCUCAACUUCAGCAUCUCAAAGAUGUGGAGGACGGUGAAAUUGCCAGUGGUGAUGAAGGAACAUCCGCAGUUGCUGUGCAAGAUGAUAAAGAAACAAAGAAGAGAAAGAAACAUAAAAAAGAGAAAAGGAGGCAUCGGAAGAAAAAGGAAGAUAGCAGUGAUGAAGAAAUGAAUAAAACACCGCAGCAUCAUGCCCCAACUCAAAACCUGCCACCUCCACCUGUUCCUCCGAUGGGUUUCUUCCCCCCGAUGCAGGGAGCAGUAGGUGGAAUGCCAAGACCAUCAUUCGAUCCCAAUCAACCGAACUUUCCAGGAGUCGCGGCUUCCAAUGAACAACGGCCCCCUGUUAUGGACUAUCCACCUCAUUCUGGGGCACCUCCGUACAACCCAGGAAUGCAAGAACGGGGUCCACCAUUCCCAAGGGAAAACCCACAAUUCAUGACACAAGGGCGUGAAAGACCGGGUUACCCUCCACAUCACCCACGAGAUCAUAGAGGAUCCGGUGACCCCCAACACAUGAUGAACAACCCCCAGCAGCAUAAACCCUCGAUGGGACCCAGUGGGGACCAUAACCCUCCCCCACAUAGAAAACGAACCCCCUCACCUUUGCCUUUAGUUAUUCCCACUGACCCACAAGAGUUUGAAUUGUGGCAAAAGAAAAUGGAGGCGAGAUAUAAUGACAAGGAAGAAGGGCGGGAAAAAGGUCCACCCAAAGUAGAUCAGGAACUUCUUGAUAAUAUUGCUACAAUUCGAAGGAGACAAGGGGAUGGUAGAGAUCCUCAUAACAACGAAGAUGUCAUGAUGAUGAUGCGUAUGAUUGAUGAAGAGCAACGACGUUCAAGACCUUCUCCUGCAUCUCAUGAUAGACCAAUACAAGAAGGAAGAAAACGACAUCAUGGUCACAUGUCUCGUGGCAGGAAACGUUCACGUCGUCAGUUACCAAGAAAAAAUUACCAUGAUUGGGAUAAACCAGAGGAUGAUGGAAUGAUUUAUUGCAUGAGUGGGAGUGAUAGCUCAGGAUGGGGUCAGAUACCAACAUGGAUUUUGAUCGAAUGCUGGCAAAGAAGAGAAGGGAGACUGGACAUGAUGCUAGAGAUAAUGCAUCUCGUCCACAACGAUCGCCACCUCGUCAGUCAUCUCACAUGGAAAUGGAAAUGAGACGAAAUCGGUCGCCUGGUCACAUGAUGCAAUGGGAUAGACGAGAUCACCCACCAAGAAACGAAGACAUGCUUCAGGGUGGAGAAAAGCCACAAGGAAUUCCUGUAAUAGGGGGAGGACCUCGACCUAUACCAACCAAUGUGACAUCAGGUCGACCGACGCCCCCUCGCCGCCACCCCGAUAUGGGCCAAUCACAAGGUGGAAUGGACUACCUCCCACCAGAUAUUAUUAAACUGCCACCACAUCAGUACCCACCAUCUGGUUAUCCCCCAGAUCCCCAUUUAAUGGGUCAAAGAAGAGACCCAGGUGUGCCUCUGGGUAUGCACCCAACAGGUCACCCCAUUCCAAGAUUAGGGGGCCAAGGAGCACCAUCAAUGCCCCCGAUGAUGUUGAACCAACCUAUGCAUCAACCACCGCAAGGUCAUAUGAAUCAUAUGGGUUAUAGGCCCAGAUAUUAAAUUGUCUUCUUAAGUUCACUGCAAAAAAAUAGAUUUGUCAUUUGCUUUACCUUUUUGUUUUUCCCUAUUUUUUUUUUCUCUACUAAGGCCAGACAAGGCUGGCAUGUUACAAUAUCAUGAUGGACAGUGUCCAUAAAA